AUGCCGCGCGAGUUCCAAUUCGUUGCCGUCCUGCGCCCGACGGAGCCCGUCCCCUCCGAAACACGAAAGCUAACUCAUUCGCACGCCCGGCGCGAGACACACGCCAUGAAAAAACGUCUACGGAUUCAGAGGUGUCGGGCAAAGGCCACGCAAGCUCAUGCAGAAAAUGCCGUGGCAGUCUUUGACCCGCCCUUUCUAGGUCUGCCUCGUAGCAUAGUGAGCUCUCGCAAAGAUAUCUUCUCAGUCCUGCCCAGACCAUUGUCUCAUCAGGAACACUUUCUCCUUGAUCACUUCUUCUCAAAGCACCCCUACCUGCAUCCCCCUCUUCUAAUUCCGGCAACAGAUGUCCGAAUCGUCGUGCCGCAUGCCACGGCGACAUGUCAUGAUUUGUUUAGCGCCCCAGGUGACCACCAGGAGCGGGUCUUCCGGGAAUGGGUAGGUCUCGCUGUGACUGACCAGGACCUCCUCGACACCGCUGUUCUCCUCAGGGCCGGCCGGCAUAUUCUGGAGACCAGACCAGAUGACACAGCCUUGUCGCGAAUGGUACUCCUCUACAAGCAGAGAGGUCUGCAGAGACUGCGUCGGUUACUUAGCGGCAUGUCGUUGCGAGCAAAUGCGUUGAUUAUAGCCAUGGCCCUUUCCUUAGCGAUGGAUGAGGAUGCGUUUGGGGAGAUGGGAGUAGCCCGGAUGCAUGCAGAAGGUGUAUUUAAUAUGGUCGACCUCGGCGGCGGCCCGGGUUCUAUCGGUCUCACGGGCUUGCUUCAAACAAUGUACGAGGCAUGGCAACAAGUAUUCAGAGUUGGAAGAUACCUAGCUUCAUGUUCACAGACUUGA